AUAUCGCUCAUAUCUCUCAUUAUCAUCACAUUACAAUGUACAUUUUGAAGAAAUUUUUGCAGCUUUAACAUUUACACAACAAAAUAAUAUUGUAAGAGAAUAUGGUUUACAAAAUAAUUAUCCAAUACUCGAUCAGCUUCAAUUUGAGUGA